AUUCCCAUGUCGACAUCCCUAUUCUUGCAAGGCCCCAUGGCAGCCAGCGGCUAUGCGACAACAAGAUUUCCGCUGUUUUCUCAACCCUCCAACAUCGAUAUGAGCUCGUCGCGCACAGGGCCGCAGCAGCAGCAGCAGCAGCAACAGAAGUCUCUGACGCCAACAUUGGCAGCUGCGCCCACGGUGGGCUCGCCGCCAACGUCGCCUCUUUCGUCGUCCUCAUCGUCUUCCCCCUUCUCGUCCUUCUCUUCUUCGGCGCGAGAGGAUGGCAUCCCGUCUCCGUCUCAGAGUAGGGCAUAUCCGAUCUCCUCCUUGACAGCUCGAGUGCUUCGACGGAGACGCGAGGAGUUCUUCCAAGGCACCCCGACCACUGCUGCCGGAGCAGGGCCGAACUCACCGGGCGCAUCCACACCUCUCGCGCCUCAGCAUCCUCACAUGCUCACGCCCGGCCCACUUUCUGUUCAUCCGGCAACUGUUCAGCGACGGAGGGCGAGGGCCGGAGAGGGAGGGGCGACUCGAGCGUCACCGAGCCUCGACCCUUUUGCUCGUACAGGCUCAGCAACUAGCAGGGCAACAUCGCGCGACGACAUGGACCAGAACGCAUCGGCGCGGCUGAUGCGCCAGCGCUUCAGAGAGCGGUGCCAGGCUGUCAUGGCGCGCGACCGAGCAAGGGCGGUGGCUCGCUCACGUCGUGGAUUCGAUGCUGCGCCAGGUGCUGCUGACUCGCAGGACAGCGAGGGGGACAUGGGCCGAGACAAUGGCAUCAGCAGCAACAGCGAUGGAUUUCUGAUGAGUGACGACCUGAGUGGGAGCAGUGAUGCGGAUGGUUUCGACGUUCGCGGUGACUGGGAAGAGGAAGACGAAGAGAUGAUCAGACGCGUCAUGACGGCGGAAUACAGAAGCAUGUUGAGGGCGCAGGAGCACUCGGGGAGGGUGGAAGUGGGCUGGCUAGGCCCUGAGGAGGUGGCCUGGUUGGAGGAGGAAAUGCGCCGUGAGGAGAGGCAGCCGAUCGUCGACCCCGACGAGCCGCCAGCAGACAUGAUCGAUGAGGAUGAGACGCUUUCGGCUCUCUAUUACGCACAUACACAAGAGGCGGCAGCCUCCAAAGGACGCUACAUGAGCGACGAGGACGAAGACGGUGGCAUUGACGACGAGUGGCUCGCCAAUGUCGAUGUAGACUUUGACGGCGGGACCUGGCAGCAGCGUGGCGAAGAUAAGAUGGACACAUCCUGAUUCGACCUCUCCCAUCUCAAUGUACAGUACGACUAUGACCCUUCUCUUUUCUCAAACACUUGUACAUGCUACUACACAUUCCAGAUGAACACAUCUCGAUAGCCAAC